CCGGCCAUGGCUGCCCUGCUGGGCUCCUGCCCGUGGUCCGAGAGCCUGGAGUGCCCCGGCCGGGCGGCGGAGCUCCCGGAGGGGCUGUCCCCGCCGGCCGCGCACCGCUCCCCGGGGGAGAAGGGCUCGGAGCCCCGCAUCCGGAGACCCAUGAACGCCUUCAUGGUGUGGGCGAAGGACGAGAGGAAGCGGCUGGCGGCGCAGAACCCGGACCUGCACAACGCGGAGCUCAGCAAGAUGCUCGGCAAGUCCUGGAAAUCUCUGAGCCCUUCCCAGAAGAGACCUUACGUGGAGGAGGCGGAAAGACUGAGGGUGCAGCACAUGCAAGAUUACCCCAACUACAAAUACCGGCCCAGGAGGAAGAAGCAGGUCAAGCGGAUCUGCAAGCGGGUGGAUCCAGGCUUUCUGCUGGGGAACCUCUCCAGGGAUCAGAACUCGGGGCCGGAGAAGGGGGCCUGCGGCAGGACCGUGGGGGAAAAGGAGGGGCAGGGUGAGUACUCGCCUGGCCCGGUAUUGCAGAGCAUCAGGGGCUACAGAGAGGCCCAGGCCAGCCGCGGCAGCAGCACCAGCAUGGACACCUACCCCUAUGGGUUGCCCACCCCGCCUGAGAUGUCCCCUUUGGAUGUGAUCGACCCUGAGCAGAGCUUCUUCUCCUCCCCGUGCCCGGAGGAGCAUCACCACCCCGAUGUGACUGGGGCCCCUUACUCUCCAGAGUACUCCCCCAGCCCCCUCCAUUGUAACCACCAUCCCCUGGGCCCCAUGGCCAUCCCUCAACCCAGCACCUCCAUGAUCCCCCCAAUCCCCAGCUGCCCCCCUCCUCCUCCCACCUACUACACGCCAGCCUUCCACCCCAUCCACCCCCCCACCCUCCAUGCCCACCUUGGUCAGCUCUCCCCGCCCCCUGAACACCACGGCUUUGACAGCCUGGACCAGCUGAGCCAGGCAGAACUUCUGGGGGAGAUGGACCGCAAUGAGUUUGACCAGUAUCUCAACACUCCUGGCCACUCAGACCACAGCGGGGUGAUAAUCAAUGGACACGUCCAGGUGUCUCAGGUUGCGGGUGGCUCGCCCUCUACGGAGACUAGCCUCAUCUCCGUCCUAGCAGAUGCCACUGCUACUUACUACAACAACUACAGCGUCUCCUAGGCCAGAAGGAGCAGGGCCUGGGGACUGGCUGAGGACAGACCCUACAGUAUUACUGGCAUGGCUCCAUGGACACAACAGCUGGUGGACACCUCGCUCCUCACCUCAGGGUUGCCAAGUCAGAACUGAAACGGUUUGGGGGCCUCCUUUCUGUCCUAGGUAAUGGAUUUUGCUUCUCAGACCUCCACUGGCAUCAAUAUUAAAUAUCCUGCUUUAAAAGGUAUUUGAUAUUCUGCUUCAGAAAAGGUCUGUGGUCAAGACCCUUUUCCAAGCCAGCUGGUCACUGGCUGCAGUCCUCCUACCAAUUUAUUGUAUAAGCAUGACAAGUCUUUGGAUGGUGGGUCUGAUUUUUCAGUGGCACCGAGGCCCAGCUCCGUAAAGGUAUUUAGGCUCCUAAUUUCCAGGAUCUGGCCCAGAGCUCCCUCAGUUCCAGCUGGAUCCCAUGGGGGCUGCAGAUUCUCAGCUCCUCUGAAAAAUCAGCCCCUGCGUCUUGUUCUGUGUCGCACUAUGCCUUUGUGGUAGGGAUGGGGGAAAAGCAAAGACGUGGCAAAGGAGUUAAUGCAACCCUCUGGUCAGUGUGUGCCGCCUUCUGGGCCUGCUGGUGUGACUCCGUUACUGCCUUAAACCUACAGAACCUGGCUCUUCAAGCUGUAGUCGCUAGUUCAGUAAUGCAGGUUUCCAAUUCCAGUCCCAGUAUUGGCUAAGAUGGUGGCUGUCACAACCAGCUAUUGCUGUACAGCGAGAAUACGAUCAGGUGAUCAUGAAUGUCCUGUUCUCCCGUAAUUACCCUACGUGAAGAGCUUUAACCAAAGACAGCUCUGAGGCUUUCAUUCAUAGCCGUGUGCGUUUUCUGUUGGCCUGGUCUUGCAUUCCCUAUGUACUCCCAGAAGUGGCUGGGAGUUUUCGAGUGUGCACUAGCAUAAGGAAUGCAAUUCCGGUGAAGUCACUGGACUUGCAAUCCCUAGUUCCAGAAGUGUAUUUGGUCCUGUGUAUGCAAAGGCAUCUAAUCUAAUCUGUUGCGCCCACAUAGCCUCGCUCUGUGUCCCUUUGGCUCCUGAAACUUUUUGUGGAUUUCAGUGGAACUCUGAGGAUGUAUGGAAGGAAAGAUCAGACCCAAGGAAGGAAAGAUCUGGCCCAGGGUGGAACCCUGAUGUCAUUCCCACCCCCCCACCCUGAACAACUUGAGUGGGAGAGGAGGUUCACAAUAACUGGAACUGUGGUGUGGUGACACAACAUGGUCUUGUGAUAAUGGACUGACUGCUCGCUGCUCCAGUGCUAAGGUUGCGGCUCAGCUUCUGUUUGAAGCUGAAUUUUGUGCACUCUAUAAAAUUCAGCUGGACUUCUCUUUAAACAGAGUUUCACUGGGCUCUGAUCCUGCUUUCCCUGAGUUAAAUGGGAGCAAGAUUGGUCCCUGCCUGAGUCACUACAAGUAAUUUCCCAUGUACGUAGCCAUGGGUGGCCUUCGUAACAGCUACUCUGAAGGCCAAGAACCUUCAGUAAUAUCCCAUCAUGUCCCCUUUACCUGAGGCUACAGCUGGAAAGAAUUUAUUGUGAUGAGCACUUUGGAAAAGAGGUGAUACGUAGCAGACACAUUUGUAUCAAGCAUCAUUUGAAGGCAAAUGUUUAGAAAUGAAAUGCCCAUUCCUCUUUACAUCAGUAUAUUAUUGGUUGUAAUAUAGCUGUACAUUGAUUUGUAUGUUCCAUUAUUUCUCCGUCAUAUUUUGUAUUGCUCUUUUUUCAUAAAGAUGACAUUUUAUUUUAAAUCAAUUAUGUAUCAUGAUUAAUCUUAGGGUUACUGUAUGACAUUUGGUUAUGAUUAGUUAGCAGCAUGGUUAUGAUUUUCUGGUUUCAAUCCUGAGUGCGUAAUUAAUUGCAAAUGAUAAUAUAAUUGCAAAUAAUACUUUAAAAAACCACAACUUUUAAGCUAACAUUUUCCAUCUUUUUUUGUGUGUGACUCUUAUGCAUUUUGAAUGCGUGUAGAUAUGAGUUCGCAUAAAAUAUUUAAUUUAAAUAAAUAUGUUUUUAUACAAUGACUGUUUUAUCAUUUAGAUUGCUGUAGUUCUGGACAAAACUGUUCAAAGGGAAAGCAUUUAUUGUGCUCGAUGUUGCAUUGGGGUUUUUUAAUUUUCAGCCAAACUUUUCUUCAUCUGUUUUGUUUUGUUU